GUUUCGGUUUCUUCAAUCAUCAACAAUACAAAAUGUCUUUACUAUUUUUAAAUGGUCAAUGAAGAACAGUCAUGGAAAGCAGCCUGUAUGAUGUCCAUAAUUGCCUUAGAGGCCUUGAGUCGUCUAAAGUCACAGAAAGAAAGAAGAGUGCUACACAAUUAGAGCAGUUGUUUGGGACAUCCAGUGUCUUAAGAAGCUUAGAUGAAAUCUCACAGUCAACUCGUGGAGAUGGUAAAACCAUCACAUGGAAUGUUAUACUUAAGGCUGUCAACAAGUAUGUAGAUCUAGAGAUAACAGCACUGCAGACGGCCAAAGAAAGCCAAUCAGCAGCUACACUGAAUAACAGAGACAAGAAGAAGCAAGAGCUGGCAGCCUUGUUUCGAUUGGUCAUCAGAACAGCAAAUAGCAGGGGACCUCCUAAAAUACGUCUUGAUCUGAUCAUUGAAAGCAUAUUAAACAUUCUGAAUGAUACCUACACACUCAAUGCAUUUGGUGCUGAAUACAGCAAUGUGUUGUUAAAGUCAGUCCUUCGUGUCAGACAAUAUUGGCUGGAGAUUUCUGCAGAGCAAUGGAAAAAGCUGCUGCAGGUCUACUGCCGGCUUUAUGAUGAUAAACAGUUUGACCCAGUUAUUCUAGCACGCAUUAUUCAAGAACUGAUGCAAGGCUAUGUUUUACAGGGAGAGCAGCCUCCAAGAAAAAUGUUUAGCUUUUUCACCAAAGUUUUAAAACACAUCAGAGAGCUCAAGUCUCCUUCUAUAGUUGAGAGCAUGUUGUCUGCUCUGAAUACCUUCAGCCAAGCAGCGGCUUUAAAUAGCCGAGCCCAACUUUGUUACUUUGGUGAAAGUUUGAUGCCAAGUUUUAUCUACUUAUGGGGUUCACCAUCCACAGACAAAGUUAAGGAGGAAGUAUUAGAUUUUUUACUUCUGCUAGUCCAUGUCCAUCACCCUAAUGGAGCACCUGACCAGUCUGUUGGUGCUUAUGCUGACAACUGGGAACAGUGGAAGACCCAAGUGGCGACACUGCAUGAGAUGAUCCACACAGAUUUGGAGGGGAGAUACAAGUUUACCACCGGGACAAAAGUAAUCACACUUAAACCUAACUACAUACAACUGGCUGUUGGGGUCUUUAAACAGAUGCCUGAAUCCAAAUUGUUACCAGCUGAUACAACAAUGCUCUUUACACAAGCUAGCCAGCAGAGUAGUCAUGGGGACUGUGGUGCCUUGCCUGCUAAGAGAAUGCGUCUUUCAGUAGAAAACAAAUCACUUCUAGAAGUUCUUAAAGAGAAAUCAAACACCCUACAAGCUAUUCCAUGGCUUCAGAUUUUGCAUGGUAUUUUAGAUAAAUACCCAGAGUGCUUUGGUAAAGAAGGAUUAAAGCAUGUUUUGUAUGUGGUGGCAAGUCUGUUGAGGGAAUGCAAAAGGGGUCAACUAUAUCAGUUUGUAUUUGAUGUUCUCACAUCCCUUAUUCAAGCCAUCCAGUCCCAUGAUGCAAUGGACAAGCAGACAGCACAAACUCUCUCUUUAGUCUGGUCAACAUGUGUCAGUACGAUAAACUCUAAACAAGCAGAAGUUGAAGGCUAUCAAGAAAAUUGCUACUCAACUAUGGCAGCCAUCAUUAUGUCAGGGGGAAUCACUCCAAUGAAAGAAAUAUGGAAUCUAUUUUUGCCUAAUUACAGGAGCCCAUCCACAGCUGCCAAUGAGCUGUUGGUCUCUCUCAUUACCUCCCAUAGUUUAUUAGAAAAUUACAUGCCAAGUGUAGUGGGAGCUGCCCACCAAAGAACAGACAAAUCAUUAUUUCCCCUUAGAGAAGCACUUCUAGAAUGGUUACUUCCCAUUCCAAACUUUGAAAUUACUGGACUCACAAAAAUUGCUACAUCUCCAGUUAGGGUGGGAGAAAUUCUAUUUGCCCUUACACUUCUGGACCCCUGUAGUGUCUUAAAAAAUUGUCCCCUAAAAACAAGCAAUGAUCGUGAUCCUAACUGCAUGGAAACUGUUUUCCUCAAAACUACGUUUGACCUCAACAUGGCUUCUAUGCAGCAAUCCAGCAGUUCUAACAAGCCAGCACAAAGUGGGGCAACUCUAACCAAUCCACAUGUUUCAGCCAUUUUGGAUUUCUUGAUAAAACAUUUGGAAAAAAUAAUUGAAUGUCUUGAUUUUCAGACACCAGUGAUAGAAUAUUUAUCAUGGCUGGCAUGUCUCCUGGGGAGGCUAGUCUGUCAUGUGGAAGAAAAACACCCAGCACGCCCAGCCCUGCAGCUCAAGUUCCAGAAAGUCAUGGAGAAGUGCACAGCCGCCCUGGCCGUCCAGAUCCGCAAGGAAAGCGUCGGCAGUCUGGUGAAGAGCUUGGGGUGGCUGGUUGUCAUGGUGACGUGGGAGAGCCAGGCUGGCGUCAAGCUGUACAGGUUGUUUGAGAUCAUCCGCUGCUACCUGCCGCCCUCUUUCAUUGACCUUCUGCUGGAUGUGUCUUCUGGGAAGCUGAUUGCUGAGAAGAAAAGAGAGAGGAAACCAGAAGGCUCAAAACAAUCAUCCAAGCCACAUAAACUGUUUUCCAACGGUGAACAUUCUCAUAGGGAAGAAGAUCUGGACUUUGAUGAUUUUAACCCUGUAAAUACUUCCAGGGCGGGUCACGACUCUGACCUAGAUAUGGAUAUUGACUUUGGUGCAGAUCACACUGAAGAAACACACCCUGUCAAAGAUGUGUGGAGUUUCCUGUCAGAAGAAAACUUGACGGAGCCCCACCAGCUUAGACUGCUAUCUACAGAACUUUUGUGUAAGUCCAUAGCCUUUGAUCGUCGAUUGUUGGGAGAAAAUGAAUCUCAGUUGUCUUGUCGAGCUGAGAUGGACAGUGACCACAUCAAGGGUAGACUGCUGUACCUAAUUGGGUCCCAUUGUUUUGACCCUAAUGCUGCUAUAAAUAUUCAUCAGUUGAUGCUGAUAACCAAAUAUUUGAUGACCAAAGUACAUGUUAUCACCCCUGCAAACAUCAAAAGCAUUCUCAGUGUGUUUAAACAGACAGCAAAAGUUUUGAGCUCUGAUUGCCAAGUUUGCUGUGCCAUUGUGACUCACCUUGGGUACAUCAUUCCACACUUGUCAUGCCCUGGAAAUCUCCCAUCAGAAGAGUUAAAAUUCUGCCGCGACUACUUUUUCAAGUUUAUAUCUGACUUCUGGCAGUUGGCAAGUGAAGGAUCUCCACAGUUGAAAUUUGAACUAGCCAAAGUCAUGAGUGACGUCAUAAAGCUAGACCCUGACCACACCUGGGGACAGUUAAAGGUGAUGAAAGAAGAUGAAGACGAUGAUGAUAAUGGCACAGAAUUAAUUACCAUGGGGCAGCAACUCCCAAAACUUUUGGCGGAGGAAAACAUUCUCGUCCGAUACUUGGCUGCAGACUCUAUAAAGUGGUUAUUUGUCACUCAAGCUGAGGAUAAAACUUGUAUUAUGAGGGAAAAAAGUUCUCAGUUAAAAGCCUUUCAGGCGAUCUUUUUACAGUGCAGUGAUUAUCUUGAUGUCGAGCCAGGAAAAAUCAGCCAACAUCCAGGAAAAAUCAGCCAACAUGUUCUGAAGGAUGAACUGUCCAACCGCCAAGCUACGUGCCUGGCUGCUCUCUUGACCAUCAUAACCCACAGCCCUGUGUGUGAGAGACAGUGUCUGCUGGGGCUGGUCCAGAUGUUAGGGGACAACAAGAUCACCUUGGUCCUCGUCAGAAAGAUGUUGAACAUCAUUUCAAGAGAGUUACAGUACAAAGACAUUCAGAGUUACCUCCACUAUCACCUGCCCUAUAUCAUUCAUAACUGGCAGAACAAAAGUAUGGUCAACUCCUCUAUUAAACAUUUCCCAUUUCAACUUUUCUGUUAUGACACAGCAGAACAGUUUAUCAGAUCAAACCAAGACCUCAUUGUGUCUGAGGUGCUCAUCACAAAGCUGACCAUGGCUGAAGUCCGAGCUGUCCUGGACCCUCUAAACAUUGACCCUCGUCAGGCUGUCGUGUCAUCCCUCCCUCGUCUCCUGGUCCACAUUUUACCCCUCUUUGCCAACCCCCCUCAACCCCUGUCCCCAUUACACAGCCAGUUUGUGCGAGCUAACUCCUGUUUCAAAAUCUUGAAAGAUGAACUCACUGAAGAGAAAAUCAAUGAGUGUGUAGCGGACAAACUUGGAGAGGUUGUCAUGGGUAUUCUCAGGAGUUUGCACAUUGAAAGAGAGAAAAGUAACCCAACACAUUGCAUGGUUUACCCUGAACCCAACCCUCCGUUCUACAACAAGGAUAUGAUCAAAAUUACCCUCAAUUAUCUGGCUCAGAACUUCACCAAAGGAGGAAAUAACACCACACUGGUUUCAGUUCUCAUCAAAGUCCAGGAUGGCCUGUAUCAAGUGUUGCUGUCCCUGGCCACAAUGCUGGGCUGUGAACACAGGACCCAUGAGCAGAUCCGGCUGCUGCUCAUGUAUGGGCUGUUUGUGGACAUGCUGCUGGAUGAGCUGGAGAAUGGGCUAGGUGGCGCCUGGGCAUCCGUGGUCAGAGAUGUCAUCAACAGACUGCUGACCAUGCUCAGAGUCAGCUCUGAUCUUCCUCAUGUAACUAGCCCCAGCUUUGAGGAAGAAUGUAUUUUAGCUUGCCUUCACAUUUUAAAUAGAGUGUGUAAAAAAGCUUUAGUCAUUUGUCCAGAUGAGAUGGCCAACUAUGUUCAUUGCAUUGUUGACAUUGUCGCAUACGUUGCUGUGAAGACUACAGCUAUCAGUCAGCUUGCCAGAGAGAUUAUUCUAAGUGUUAUAUCUAACCAUGGUGAGAGUGACGACCUUAAGAACUCCUUGGCUAUCUUGAAUCCAGUGUCGCCAUCUUCUUGUAUGCAAGAUGUGAAUUUGAAGAUAGAAAAUCUUCAUCAGACAAGGGAGCACACUUUAAUAAAUAAUUUCCAGGAGUUUUUGAAUGUCUGUCAGCUGAUGUCAGGAGUUCCAACAGAUGGGCUGGCCCUGAGACUCCACCAGUUGGCUGCCCAGGUCAUCCAGCACCACAAGGAGGUAGACAACAUGGCAGCCACACCUCAUGGUCUAAACUGUUUAAAAAAGGUGGUUCUGGAACUUGUCAGGCUACUUACCUCCCCUAGCCAGCAGAUGUCAGGAGCAGCAGCAUCCUGUCUGGGCGCCAUAGGGCCAGUGGACCUCCAGAGUCUCUCCCUCCCACAGCAGCUGUGUGUGUCUAGUCAAGCCACAGCCCUGGAGCUGUACAAGGGACAUGAGUUUGAGAAAUAUUGCUGGCUGUUUCACACACUUGACUCCUAUUUGUUGGAUGAUAACAUUGAAGUUGUGAAAACAGCUGGUAACAUUUUAAAAGAUGUCAUGGCAACAAAAUCUGGCCACCAGUUUGAAACACAUUACUCUGAGCUGUUAAAAGAGAAAAGUUUUCUGUUUUAUUACCUGCACCCAUUUAAAAGUAGUGGCAAGCUACCAAAUAAUGUAAAAGAAAAAAGAGAAGCUGUGAACUACCUAAGUCCUGUUGAUGAAGUUGGUUUGUGGUGUGGUGAUGUGAACUCUACUCAUGAGCAGUGGAUUAUAAGGCUGACAAUAACAUUGCUUCAAACUGAUCUAGUGUGUGAUGAAAUUAUGAACAAAGUUGGACCUAUGUGUGCAUUGAAGAGCAAAUUUUGUGAGGAUUGUCUCCCUUAUCUGAUCCAUGACUUACUACAAAAUGGAGGGCUAGAGAGCAGGAAAAUUAUGUCUGCUCAUUUUACAUCAUUCUUCCAUGGCUUCACUAAACAUGUUUCCAGCCCCUCAGGUCCACACUUAGCCUACACAAGGAAGGAGUCUGUGAGAGCUAUGCUGAAUGUUGUGCAAUAUUUAAGGAAACAAGAUCGACCCAAAGAAAAAGGAGAAACACAGCAGAAUGCAUGGACCAAUAAUUUUUGGCUAGAAAUUGACUAUUUGGAUGUUGCCAGGGCAGCUUUGUACUGUGGGGCCAAUUUUUCUGCUGUUCUGUUUGCUGAGAUAUGGUUAGACAGUAAACUGAAAAACAAGGGAGAAAACUCUCCCAGUUCAUCUGGUUCCUCUAGUCAGGACUCCCCACUGGACCCACUGGCUGUGUUGAGUUCACAGGUUGAUUUGGGUCAAGGCCAUGAACUCCAGGGGCUGCUGCUGGAGGCCUACAGAAACAUUGGAGACCCAGAUGGAAUUUAUGGUUGUGGUGCUGGCAGGUUGGCCGAGCCAAUGGCCAGAGUGGAGACUUACCUACAUGAGCUGGAACCAACAAAAGCUCUUACCUCCCUUGAUAUAGAAAUCUCCAACAAUUCAUCACAGUCUUACAUUCCUCUGCUCAAGUCACUAGAGUUGUGUGGUUCCGACUACAUACUCCAGCAUUGCUUGUCUGGUCUCAAUGAUGAAAACAUGGGAGGUAGCUCAGCCUCACCUGAAACCUGUCAAAAAUUAAAGGACUAUCAGUUCCAUAUGGCGUGGAAACUGGGACAGUGGGACUCAAACUUACCAGCCAAGCAAAAUGAGUCAGCCACGUUUAACCAGUCUCUCUACCAGGCACUGUCCUCUCUACAUGAUGGUCACCUGGAUGUGGCUAAAAACACCUUGGGCAUUGCCAGGUUGAAUGUGAUCAAGAGAUUUGAUCCCCAAGUAGAAAACUGCCAAAGUCUGUACCCCUUCCUUAGUGACCUCCAGUGUCUCAGCCAUCUGGAACAAAUCUUGUCUACAUCAGAACAGGCAGGCUCCUGGAUUUCACUUUACACUGAUGUAACUUCUGCUCUGAUAACCACCAAACCCGUUGACUUCAUGUUUGAACAGCCAUUACUCCAUUUGCUGGCCACUGUGGGGAAAAUUCUGGCCAAACAGAAAAUCAAACAGGGUGACACAUUGGAGACUAGCGCUUUGUGGAGUUUGGCAGUUAGUGGGAGGAAGUCCAAAAGAUUUCAGCUUGCUGAAAGAGCUAUAAGAGAAUUGAAAACAAAAGACCUGAACAGAACUGCCAGUUUGAUCAACCAGGAUCAGCUGCAGGUGGAAGAAGCCAAAUUAUUUUGGGCCAGAUCAGAGCCAAAGAUUGCAAUAAAUAUCAUGAAAAAUCUUAUCAGUAAACUUGGCCAGGCUUACUCCACCCACACAUCCAGUGAUAUUUCUGUUUAUCCUGAAGCUCUUGGUAUCUAUGGCAACUGGCUGGCAGAAACUAAACUGGAGACACCCGCUGUCAUUAUCACUGAGUAUCUAGAAAAGACUGUGACCCUGAUGCUGAAGGCCAAGAUGGCAGCCACCAGCUAUGACAAGAAAGCUCUCAAUGCUUUUGUUUCCCUGGCCAGGUUUGCCGACUGUCAGUACCAGCAGGUAGCAGACUACAUGAGGUCACCGACCUUCCAGGAGAAGAGAAACCUGCUGCAAAGAACAAAAAAAGAACUGGAAGAAUGCAGGGAAUUUAGAGAGGAGCUGAAGAAGAGCAAAUACCUAAACCAGGUGGAGAGAAAUUUUAAAAUAGACCAGCAAGAGAUCACGUCCCUGGGUGAAGAUCGCAACCGCUUUCUGCAUCAGGCCAUAGAAAACUACCUGCGAUGUCUGGAGUACGGUGACAUACAUGACCUGACAGUGUUCAGGGUUGUGGCCCUUUGGUUUGAGAACAGCAGCAAUGACUUGGUGAACCAUCUCAUUCAGAGCUCCAUAAAGGCCAUUAAGACUUACAAGUUUUUACCCCUCUACUACCAACUGGCUGCCAGGAUGAACUCCACAGAUAGCACAAAGUUUCAGCAGGCUUUGAUGAGGCUGAUGCAAAAAGUAGCUGAGGACCAUCCCCAUCACGCUCUGUGGAUAAUUAUGGCCCUUGCUAAUGCACACAAGGAUGAUGAGCUUUUAACCAAAGAAACUGCCAGCAAAAGACGAAGCAAACUGACAACACCUGAAGCUGAAAUAUCUGAUGUUGCAAGAGUGCAAGCAGCUAAAGAUCUCCUAGUUAAACUGUCACAGAGCAAUAAAAAACUUGGAUCGAUCAUUCAAAACAUGGAACAACUCUGUGUAGCUUACAUUGAGCUAGCCAACUGGCCAGUUGCUAGCAAAAAAGGUCCACAGCCUCUACUGCCAACACUUCAGAUUCUAAAGCUAGAUAAACUGGACAAUGUUCUGUUGCCUUCUGUUGAGCUAGAUGUUGACCCAUCAGGAGCCUACACCAGCCUUGUUUCACCUGUAAGAUUUGAUAAAAAAUAUGAAACUGUUGGGGGAAUCAACUUACCCAAGGUGAUCAAAUGUCUGGGCUCUGAUGGGCACCUGAGGACGCAACUUGUCAAGGGUCAGGAUGACCUGCGACAAGAUGCGGUGAUGCAGCAGGUUUUCUCCCUGGUCAACCAGCUGCUGGCAGGGGCACCAGAGACCAGGCAGAGACAGCUGAACAUCAGGACAUACAAGGUGAUUCCACUGAGCCAGAAGUGUGGGCUGCUUCAGUGGUGUGAGGGGACACAACCACUGGGGGAAUACUUGAUAGGAACAACCCGCUCACCUGGCGCCCACACCAUGUACAGACCUAAAGACUGGCUCCCCAGGGACUGCAGGAACCACCUACAUAAUUCUGGCAAUGAGCCAGACAAAAGGUUUAAGGCCUAUCAGGAGAUCUGUGCCAACUUUAAACCAGUCUUCAGGUAUUUCUUCAUGGAGAAUUUCAUGGAGCCUUCAACUUGGUUUGAGAAACGUCUGAUCUACACACGUAGUGUUGCUACCACUUCUAUUGUGGGCUACAUACUAGGGCUGGGUGACCGCCAUCUGAUGAAUAUUCUCAUUGACAAACAAACUGCAGAGUUGGUCCAUAUCGACCUGGGAAUUGCCUUUGACAUGGGACACAUCCUUCCUACCCCAGAGACUGUUCCGUUUAGAUUAACCAGGGACAUAGUGGAUGGGAUGGGGGUCACAGGGGUUGAAGGUGUCUUUAGAAGGUGUUGUGAGCAGACCAUGCAUGUGAUGAAGACCAACAGUGAGUCUCUGAUGACCAUUGUCCAAGUUUUGCUGCAUGACCCACUGUCACACUGGACACUAACACCCCAGCAGGCGCUGACCAUUCAGAGGAAACGUGAGCAGGCAAACCAAGACAUUAUGGAACAGUCCAUGGCUGCCAGUUUUCAGGUGCCAUCCAGUGGUCAAAUACCUGCUAGUGGUCAGCCUCCAGCCACUCUAGGACUGGCAGGCGGAGACCUUGGAACCAAAGCAUCAGAUUCCAAAGACCAGAACAAACUGGCAGAGAGAACUCUCCUGCGUCUGAAGCAGAAGUUAAACGGACAAGAGGGCAAUGCACAGCUGAGUGUAUCUGGCCAGGUCAAUUUCCUCAUCCAAAUGGCAAGUGAUCCCAGAAACCUUUGCAAAUUGUUUGCAGGCUGGCAGCCAUAUUUGUAGCCACAGACUUCAACUAUUUACCCAAAGUUUAAGUUUGGACUUGUAUAAAAAGAAGUGAUUUUUGUUCAUCUUCCUGAGCAAAUGUUUUACGAAAAUAUUCUUCACAUUUGACCUGUUAGUUUAAAAUGUAAAAAUAUUUUGGUAAAAUUAAAUAAUUUUUAUGACUAACCAUGGGAUAGUGUGGUCAGUUGGUAGAGGGUAGACUUGAUUUCGGAACCUUGGCUGAAAUCUUUAGGAGGACGUCCCAGAUUUCACCCAGCUCUGAUGGGUAUCUGACUCGCGUUAAGGAAAGCAAAUACGGCUGGCAUAUUGCUGACCACACUAUCCCUUCAUAUGCUAAGGUCACAGAAACAGGUGCACUGCACUCUACUUCCUAUACUCCAUGAACCACAAAGUUCUGGGUAACUUUUUUUAAGCUAACCAAUUUAAUACAAACUGUUUAGACAUGCAAGACAAUGUUUUUGUACCAUGACCAACUUUGUGUUGUUCAAUGAUCAUGUACUACUUAGCUACAGCUUGCUCUACUAGUUGAGUUCGUUCAUUGCAUGACUUUGUUAUAGUUUUAAAACGGGCUAAACCUACACCCCAGUGAUACUAGCUGUGAUUGUAUCAGUCAAUGUAUUCAAGUCAAACCAAAUGAAACUUGUCUGGUUUUAAUCCAAUAUUUUUUUGGUUGAACUUCUUAGCCAAAAUGUCUAGCUUUAAUGAUUUUUGUAUAUUAUGUUUG